CUUGUUGCGCUACUUCCGGGAGACGAUUACUACUCCUUUGGUAAGGUAUCUGUCGUUUACAUAUAACAAACAAACUUAUGAUGGUACAAGGAGUAUCUCCCUGUUGUUUCCUCUUCCGAACAAUGACGACACUGCACUUUCGCCCUGAUACUCUACCAAAGGUAAAAGUGCGCCUUAAACCGAUUCGUGGUUUUCCGCGCGGUUCAUGAGUUUCCCUGUCACGGCGGUGCCGACAUCCAUUAGACUGGGGGUUCUCUUCUGCAGCGCAUCUGGGGCGCACUCUGUGACCCCAAGUCUCCAAGUUUGGCCGGCCCCAAGGUUCGUUUUGGAUCUUUUCCGCCCCAAGAUUCGCCGUCACACAUGUGCCUUCCAUCACCGCCCGCCCCUCGUUUCCACCCCCUCAAGCUCCCUUUUUACCCUUUUCCUAACCCCGAUGCGGUCAUUCCCCCAUGGUUCCGCCUUGCUGGCCCGAGGCUGGACUCGGGCACGCGCAUCUGUCGUCUCCUCGCUCAAGAUGCCUCGUGGAUGCGGUUACGCUCCACCAUGCCGUGGAACCUUCUCCGAUCCCGCCUGCUCCCCUUCUUUGCUCUUCAAUUUUCCUGUUGUAUUACUCGACCUAGAAAUUCUAUCAUUCUUCCAAAGUCGUCUGCUCCCAUCUGGUGCUCGGUCCUCUCUCACCCCGGUUUCCUACAUGACGCUUCUUUGAUAGAACGCUUCAUUCGCCCGCUCGCUCGUUGACCGGAUUCUACCGCUUCCUUUGCCCGCCUCCCUCCUUUGAGAAAGAGCAAGCUCGUGCCCGAAGUUUGAACCACCUG